CGACUACACCACUCCACAAAACCACAAUGCGCGUUUCGGCACCAGUUAACGGCGGCAUGCCUGGGGGCAAGACUUGGUCGGGUUGGUGGGGUGACAUGAAGGGCCCUAAGCAGAAGGGUAUCUACGCGUACACUGUCUCGCCUGUCGCCCAGAAGCCCAUGAAGGGCGCCCUCAACGGCUACCUCUUCUGGGGUGUCCGCCGCCUUGCCCAGCAGGUCCCCUACUUUGCUCCCCCCUUCCUCGUUGGCUACGCCGUCUACUCGUGGGGCAAGGACAAGUACGCCUACUACAACUCUAAGGAGGGCCACCACGCCCUCGCCCAGGCCGAGGGCCACUAA